AUGAAUAUUAAUGCUGUGGCUCCUGCGGGCGCCCGGAGUGUCAGUCAGACGCAGGUGAGGGCAGAGGAUGAUGCUCAUUAUGGCACCUGUAGCCGCUAUGUAUGCGCGGCGGCGGAGAGACCGGAGAGGGGUUGCCAUGGUAACACCAAGGCGGCGGCGGUCGGCGGCGGCGGCCUGGGACGUCAUGCCGGAGUGAUGGGGCGAGUGAAUGAGACACAGACGGGGAAAUGCCUGGACCUAACACAGACAGUGUGCGAGUGGAAAGUGAUCAAAGCCACUGAACCUGCCUCACCCCAUCCUCACCCCUGCCUCACCCCGUCCUCAUCCGCUCUAAACAUAGAAAGAGAGUCUGCAGCGGAGUGGGCGAGUGGUGGUUCCCCCUCACCGCGCUCCCCCAGACAGGCGCCCUCUGCUGGCGGGGACAUGAACUGCACCAACAGACCACCGGAGACAGAUGGAGAGAGGUGGAGCAGGGCCUUGAAGUGGCCGCGCGGUGUCCUGCGGCUGUGGGUGAGGUGGGGGUGUCACCCUGGGGCAGCCACAUUGCGCAUGAGAAUCUCGUCCCACUCUUGGGCCAUAAACAGAGUCAGUAACAGGCUUCAUCUCCCACAAUCCUUUGGGGCUGCUCUGAAUUCUCGCCUCUGGGCUGCGGGCGUCUGGGGCCGGUCCGCAGAUGGACUGGCCCCGGUCUGGGACCCAACACCCGGGCAUCUGCUGCCGCGCGUACAGCCUCGGACCGCGGCAACAAGCCCGGACCAUUACCUGUCCCAGUAUGACCCCCCUCCUCCUCCCUGCCUCACCCUCUCCUCCUCCCUGCCUCUCCCUCUCCUCCUCCCUGCCUCACCCUCUCCUCCUCCCUGCCUCACCCUCUCCUCCUCCCUGUCUCUCCCUCUCCUCCUCCCUGCCUCACCCUCUCCUCCUCCCUGCCUCACCCUCUCCUCCUCCCUGCCUCACCCUCUCCUCCUCCCUGCCUCACCCUCUCCUCCUCCCUGCCUCUCCCUCUCCUCCUCCCAGCCUCUCCCUCUCCUCCUCCCUGCCUCUCCCUCUCCUCCUCCCUGCCUCACCCUCUCCUCCUCCCAGCCUCACCCCUCUCCUCCUCCCUGCCUCACCCUCCCCUCCUCCCUGUCUCUCCCUCUCCUCCUCCCUGCCUCACCCUCUCCUCCUCCCUGCCUCACCCUCCCCUCCUCCCUGUCUCUCCCUCUCCUCCUCCCUGCCUCACCCUCUCCUCCUCCCUGCCUCACCCUCUCCUCCUCCCUGUCUCUCCCUCUCCUCCUCCCUGGCCUCACCCUUUUUCCCACGGCCCUCACCCUCUCUUAUCUCACCUUUAUCCCAAACGAUCGUGGGUUUCAGAUUGAAGCGAUAGAGUCGGUUGAGUUCCGUAGUGACGUAAACGUGCACGAGACAGAGGACGCAAACGAACCCCUUGAGCGCGGGACCACCGUGGGGAAGCUGGGGCAGAUACGUCACGACGGAUCAAACAGCUACCGGCUCAUGCAGCUCGGGUGCCUGGAGUCCGUGGCCAACUCCUCGGUCGCUUACUCGUCCUCCUCCCCUCUCACGUACCCGGCACCGGCUGGGACUGAGUUCGCGUCGCCGUACUUCUCCGCGAACCACCAGUACACGCCCCUGCACCACCAGUCCUUCCAUUACGAGUUCCAGCACUCGCACCCCGUGGCCCCGGAGGCCUACGGGCUGAACUCUCUGCACUCGGGCCAGUACUACCAGCAGCUGCACCACGGAGAACCGGCGGACUUCAUCAACCUCCACAGCGCGCGGUCCGCCCUCAAGUCGUCGUGUCUGGACGAGCAACAGCGGCGGGAGCUCGGAUGCCUCGACGCGUACCGCCGCCAUGACCUGUCGCUGAUGACGUCACACGGCUCUCAGGCCUACGGCGUCGGUAUGCACCACCCGGACCAGAGGCUGCUGCCGGGGGCCGGUCUGGGUCUACCCCCGUCCGCUGGAGACGACCUGCAGGGCUCCGUGGAGGCGCAGUGUGGCCUGGUCCUGAACGGUCAGGGAGGGGUCAUCCGCAGAGGAGGCACGUGUGUAGUGAACCCCACAGACCUGUUCUGCUCGGUCCCUGGUCGUCUGUCUCUGCUCAGCUCCACGUCCAAAUACAAAGUGACCAUCGCUGAGGUCAAGAGGAGACUGUCCCCCCCAGAGUGCCUCAACGCCUCCCUGCUGGGGGGCAUCCUGAGGAGAGCAAAGUCUAAAAAUGGCGGCCGGUGUCUCAGAGAGAAGUUGGAUCGUUUAGGGCUGAACCUUCCGGCGGGACGGAGGAAAGCUGCCAACGUCACUCUGCUCACGUCGUUAGUGGAAGGGGAAGCGCUUCACUUGGCGAGAGACUUCGGCUACACGUGUGAGACAGAAUUCCCCAGUAAAGCAGUGGGCGAACACUUGGCGCGGCAACACAACGAGCCGAAAGAGACCAGCGCACGCAAAAAGAUGGUCCUGGCCACAAAGCAGAUUUGUAAGGAGUUCCAGGACUUGUUGAGUCAGGACAGAUCUCCUCUGGGCUCCUCGCGGCCCACGCCCAUCCUGGACCUGGACAUCCAGAGACACCUCACACACUUUAGUCUUAUCACUCACGGUUUCGGGACUCCAGCCGUGUGCGCCGCGCUCAGCACCUUCCAGACCGUCCUCAGCGAGAUGUUGAACUACCUGGACAAGAACUCCGGCAGCGGGAAGACCGGCCAAUCCAACCCCGGCGAGCAGAUCAACAGCAGCAGCUCGGAAAAGUCACAGCUCCGCAAAGUCUCCGACAACCAGAACAAGGACGGCAAAACGGAAAAGACUGAGUGA